UUCAGCGUCCAAAGCUGGAUUAUGAUGGCACCAUUACUAUAGAGGAGCAGAUUGUCCUUGUGCUAAAAGCUAAAGUACAAUGUGAACUCAACAUCACAGCUCAACUCCAGGAGGGAGAAGGUAAUUGUUUCCCAGAAUGGGAUGGACUCAUUUGUUGGCCCAGAGGAACAGUGGGGAAAAUAUCGGCUGUCCCGUGUCCCCCUUAUAUUUAUGACUUUAAUCAUAAAGGAGUUGCUUUCCGGCACUGUAACCCCAAUGGAACAUGGGACUAUAUGCACAGCUUAAAUAAAACAUGGGCCAAUUACUCAGACUGCCUUCGCUUUCUACAGCCAGAUAUCAGCAUAGGAAAGCAAGAAUUCUUUGAACGUCUGUCUGUAAUGUACACUGUUGGCUACUCCAUUUCCUUUGGUUCCUUGGCUGUGGCUAUUCUCAUCAUUGGUUACUUUAGACGAUUGCAUUGCACUAGGAACUAUAUCCACAUGCACUUAUUUGUAUCUUUCAUGCUGAGAGCUACAAGCAUCUUUGUCAAAGACAGAGUGGUCCAUGCUCACAUAGGGGUAAAGGAGCUGCAGUCCCUGAUAAUGCAGGAUGACCUACAAAAUUCCUUUGAAGCACCUACUAUAGACAAAUCACAAUAUAUCGGGUGCAAGAUUGCUGUUGCGAUGUUUAUUUACUUCUUGGCUACAAACUACUAUUGGAUCCUGGUGGAAGGUCUCUACCUACAUAGUCUAAUCUUUGUGGCUUUUUUUUCGGACACGAAAUACCUGUGGGGCUUCACCUUGAUAGGCUGGGGGUUUCCAGCGGCAUUUGUCGCUGCCUGGGCUGUGGCACGAGCAGCCCUGGCUGAUGCAAGGUGCUGGGAACUCAGCGCUGGAGACAUCAAGUGGAUUUAUCAAGCACCAAUCUUAGCAGCUAUUGGGCUAAAUUUUAUUCUGUUUCUGAAUACAGUUAGAGUUCUGGCUACCAAAAUUUGGGAGACCAAUGCAGUUGGGCAUGACACAAGAAAGCAAUACAGGAAACUGGCCAAAUCCACGCUGGUGCUGGUCCUGGUGUUUGGAGUGCAUUACAUCGUGUUCGUGUGCUUGCCCCACUCCUUCACCGGGCUCGGGUGGGAGAUCCGCAUGCACUGUGAGCUCUUCUUCAACUCCUUUCAGGGUUUCUUUGUGUCUAUCAUCUACUGCUACUGCAAUGGAGAGGUUCAGGCCGAGGUGAAGAAGAUGUGGAGCCGGUGGCAUCUCUCCGCCGACUGGAGAAGGCCGCGGCCGUGCGGCAGCCGCCGGUACGGCUCGGUGCUCACCACCGUCACGCACAGCACCAGCAGCCAGUCGCAGGCGGCGGCGCGGGUCUCGGGCCCGGCGGCCAAGGGCGCGGGCCGGCGGCCCGACGGCCACGUGACGCUGCCCGGCUACGUCGGGAGCAACUCGGAGCAGGACUGCCCGCCGCACUCCGUCCCCGAGGAGACCAGGGAAGGUUGCGGGGAGCAGGGCGAUGCUAUCCCGAUGGAGGCUUCCAGGCCUGUGGCAUUUCACCCAGACACUGAAGGAUGCAGAGUAGAAACCGAGGAUGUUCUCUGAAUCAGCACCGGUGGCUUGAACGGGCUGGUCCCUUCGGUUGUGGGAGGGAAGGUUGUCUGGCAUUCCUCUGCUUGAGCCUGAAGGCUGAAAAUUCAGGGUUAGGGUGUUAUUUAGAAGUUUAUGUGCUCCAUGGAUCUGGCUCUUAUAAAUCUUAAGGACACAAAAAGGGAAAUGUCAAUGGAGUAGUUUAUCACCUUAUGUUGACAUCAGAUUCUCCUCUAGAUUCAUGUAUGGUACUUGCUCCUUGAUUAUUCAUUUUUUUCCUGCUACUUUGGGUGGAAAAAGUUUCAGUUGCUUGGUUCCAGCUUUCUCUCAUAAAUGUCACCCUAAAGAGGAUAAAAAUCAUUUAGUAUGUCAUUUUCCU